AAAGGACGACUAGUCGUUCGUUUUGGUCGGGAAGACACGACGCCGUUUAAGGCACCCAUCAAUUUGAAAACCAGCGUUUCGUCCCCAGGGGAGGGAAAGGAAGACAUCAAAACAAUACCGUCACCUUACUCCAGUCUCCUCCGUUCCCCAGUUCCCUUUUCACUCUAUUAAUUCUAAAGGGAAAAAAAAUGUCAAAAGAAAACAGUUACGCGUUAGCCAAAAUCAUAACGGAAGAACAAAGAGCUCGAAUUUCUCACAAUUUCAAAGCCGCAAAAGCACUCCUCGCUCGCAAACGCCCUCUCGACUCCAUCGCCGCCGCAACCGCUAAUAAAUUCCCUCACAAAAAUAAUGAUGUAAUCUCACUUAAAUCACCAAGAUUUCCUCUCGCGGAGGUGAAUACUAACCUGCCGCCAUCGCGGUUAGUACAAAAAGGUGUCACGCGAGUUUCGGAGUUGGUUAAUGGUAGUGAUGGAGAGAGUAAAUGUUUAUCGGAAUCUUUUGUUACUCCGGUGAAAAAACCGGAAGGUUCGGGUUUUAGUGACUGUUUAUCUACGCUUAGUAGCAGUGCUAGUAUUUUAGAUGAUGAUAAUUUUAAUGAGUCUAUUUUGGAGGAGAUUGAUGCGAUUUGUGAGCAGAAGUCUGUUGUGAAAAUGGAAAAGGAUAGUCCGAAUAGGAGUUUUAGUGUAGAAUGUGAGUGUGAUCAGGGAAAUGAGGGCAGUUUGGCUAGUUUGGAGUCAGGUAUGCGAGAUGUGUUGGACUCUCCAACGGAAGAGAAAAGUAUUUGUCCAUGCGGAAAUAUGCCUGAAGAGUAUGUGAAGUAUUUGCAGGGUCUGAAUGAUAGGCAGCGUGAAGCGGCCUGUAGUGAUAUUUCGGUUCCUUUGAUGCUUAUUGCUGGUCCAGGUAGUGGAAAGACUUCUACAAUGGUCGGGCGUGUUUUGAUGCUGCUCAAUGAGGGAAUUAGUCCAUCAAACAUUCUGGCAAUGACUUUCACAACUGCUGCAGCUGCUGAGAUGAGAGAUCGGAUUGGAGCAGUGGCUGGGAAGGCAAAAGCUAAAGAGCUUAUGAUUAGCACGUUCCAUUCCUUUUCUUUGCAACUUUGUCGUUCACAUGCAGAGAAAUUAGGCCGCACAUCAGAAUUCUUGAUAUAUGGACAUGGGCAUCAGAGAAGAGCAAUCAUUGAGGCUGUGAGGCUAUUAGAAAAGGAAAAGAGUGGUGUACAAAAUGACGAUGCCAGCAAACUUGCUCAAGAUUCUAAAGAUAUAGUGUCUCCGGAAUAUUUCAAGGAAAGGUCAAAGAAAUGGCAAAAGUUUGUGACUCAGGCUAAAGCCUCUGGAAAAACACCUGCAGACUUCCAUAGAAGGGGUGAUGAAAUUGGAGCAGCAAUUCUUGGGAACUACAAUGACAUAUUAAGAUCUUGUAAUGCUUUGGACUACCAUGACUUAAUCAGCUGUUCUGUGACGUUGCUCACUGAUUUUCCUGAAGUAUUUGAGGAUUGCAAAGAUUCAUGGAAAGCCAUUGUGGUAGAUGAGUUCCAGGACACAAGUGCCAUGCAAUACAGUCUUUUACGACUUCUUUCAUCUCAUAAUCAUAUAACUAUUGUUGGUGAUGAUGAUCAGUCAAUUUUCAGUUUCAAUGGAGCUGAAAUUUCUGGGUUUGACUCAUUUCGUCAUGAUUUUGCAAAUUACAAAGAGAUUAGACUCAAUAAAAACUAUCGAUCCACCCGCUAUAUUGUUGAAGCUGCAUCUUCUCUUAUUCAAAAUAACAUGAAAAGAUGCCGGUUUAAGGAUGUUCUUACUGAUAAUUCUUGCGGAUCUAAGAUAGCUAUCAAGGAAUGUCAAAAUGAACGUGCAGAAUGUGCAUUUGUUGUUGACAAGAUCUUGGAAACUGCAUCUGAUGGCUCACAUUCUAAGCCUUCUUAUGGCAGUAUUGCCAUUCUGUAUAGGAGGCAGGUAUCAGGAAAGAUAUUUCAAUUAGCAUUUCGUGAGAGGAAAAUACCAUUCAAUGUUCACGGGGUUGCUUUUUAUAGGAAAAAGGUAGUUAAAGCUAUCAUUGCAAUGCUUAGAACAACAUUGCCAGGUUGUGACGAUGGUUCAUAUCAUCAAGUUUUCAAGGCUUUGCUUCCUUUCGAGAAGGAGGAGAAAAAGAGGGUUAUCGAGCAUGUUGAUAAAAUCUCAACGGUCCGAAAAUGUAGCUUUAUAGCUGCUGCAUGUGAUGUCUUUAGUGCAAAGAUUUCUGGUACCUUCAAGAGGAGUCAGCUCACACAGGGACGUAAGGUGCUAUCUACACUACAGAUGAUUUCCAAACUUGUUCACAGGGAACAGUCAAUUUCAGCUGUCAUAACUUCAGUGGCAAGCAUGGUUCCUCAGAAAUAUCUUCUCGAACAACGGGCAGUGGUUGAUAGUGAUGGAGGAAAGUUGCUCAAUGAAGACAAUGACCUCAGAUCUGUUCUUCAGUAUUUAUUGGACGAUGUCUCUGAUGUUUUAUCCAUGCAAGUUGCUUCAAAAGAAGGAGAGGGUGAUGUGCAAGAACAGAAAGGUUGUGUUAGUUUACUCAAAGAGUUUAUUGACUACAUAACACAGAGGGAGAAAGAAAAUUUUCAUUCUCGAAGACAUAAUAAUGAAAAUUCUGUAACCCUGACUACCAUUCAUCAGUCAAAAGGCUUAGAGUGGGACACUGUUUUUAUAGUAAAGGCAAAUGAAUCUGAGAUUCCUCUGUUGCAUGAAUUUAAUGGCACUGCAAAGGAAAAUGGGACCUCAAUUGAGGAAGAGCGGCGUCUUUUCUAUGUGGCAAUGACUCGUGCUCGAAAGAAACUUUUCAUUACAUAUGUUGCCAUGGAUUCAAAUUGGCAGAUGCUUCAUCCAUCACGUUUUCUCAAAGAGAUACCAGAUCAUCUUCGGGAGAUUCAGGCUGAAGUAUGUCUACAAGAUUUACAAACAAAGCAUCGCGAGAUCCGAAAUGAAACUGUUGACUUUGUCAUUGAUCUACCAAAAGAACAAAAAGUUUCUGAUUUAGAAUCAGAGUCAAAUGAUUUCCUCGUUAAUCAAAUGAACGAGGCUUCUAAAGAGUCAUUGGAAACAAUUGAUUCAUACAAUGGGAAUAUUUUCUUAAGGAGAUUUGCUGUUGAGGAAAGGUCAGUUGUUUCCCACUUAUUCCAUCAAUGGGCCAAGAAACAAGCAUUCCAAAACCCUAAGAGAUUGCUUAAUAAGGUUGGAUUUGUUAUUGAUGAACGAUUGAGAGUCAAGAAGAACAAACACAAGGAUGUUUUGCGUGCAUUGAAAUCCUGCUUGAGCUGUGAUGAGGCCUUUCAGUAUGCAGAAUAUGUGCUGAGAUGGGAGCAAAUUCCUGCCGACCAACGUGCUCAUUUGAUGCAUGAGAAACAGGAGCAUUUCCAGAAAUUAAGGAUAGAGAAUUCAAUGAGCUCAUCUGCACCCACAUCUAAACAGAUUGGAUAUCUUCAAAACUUGGGAUGCACCGUGACCCCUACAUCACGUCUCCAUGCUUCCCGCUUGAUAGAGCAAUAUAAAUCAUUAUGACAACGAUGGAUCCCUCUGAUGACUUUGAUUUGGAAAUCCUGCCUAUAUGGAGCUGUAAGUGUCAGUUUAUUGACCCCAAAGAGGACAAUUCAUACUGCAGUCAUAAUUUAGUUAAAACUGAGGUUAUUGAUGAACUAUAUUGUUAUCUUCCUUUCCAUGCAAUUUUGACAUUUAAGGUAUAUAUUGUUAUCUUCCUUUCCAUGCAAUUUUGACAUUCAAGGUAUACAAGCUUUAUAACGCGUCAUGAUAUUUAUUUAUUUAUUUAUUUUUGGUUUAA